AUGGCUUUUCCAUUCGCAGCCCUCCCAUUUCUGUUCGAACUUGUGCUGUUAAGAAACUCCUUCGACAAUAUGUCCUGGCCCCGCAGCUGGUCGCGAAACAACAGCUGGUCCUCCUCGAGCUGGCAGGAUGAUAGCAGCAGCACCCCCUCUUGGAACAAUUGGGAUAGACAGCAGACAUCCACUCAACCUUCUGUGCCGGAGAAUCCGGUUGCGAUUCCGCAGUCGUUUAAACCUGAUUCAGAAUGCUAUGAUACCAACACAGUCUCAGGCAAGAAGUUUUACAGGAAUGUGCAAACGACCCCGUGGUCCUCGAAAGCUGGACUUGCAGGGAAGGAUGUCAAUUCCAUUCGUUUGGUAGACAUCACCAGGAAAGGCCUGGAUGAUUACUCGUUGCGGAAUUUGAGCAACGGCGAAUUCCAAGGGGUAGUGUUUGUGCGAUCGGUGUCUGAGGCCCUCUUCACGACAAACCUCUUGAGACUCCUUCGCCAGGACAAAGUCGACCUAGACAAGGUGGCGGCUCACCUUCACGGUGCAGCACCACCCGAUAAACACCGGGAGUCCUCGCGGUUCAUGGAACCACUCCUUUCAGAGCUUUUGCAAACUUUUAAGAAGAUUUCUCCUCCUGAGUCAUCUCCAGAAGACAAUGACGAGCUGGUCAGGGCCAAGCGCAAAUUGAUAGCUGCGGGCCUUGAGUUGUCCCCUCCUGUUAAGCGGAGGACGUCUGAAAUGAGUGAACCGUCCAGCAGCGCAAGGCAGUCGGAGCACCCCUUGCCUGUGGAACAGUCCCCUGCAGAAAUCAUUUUGAACAAGGUGGUGGAGCGGAAACCUGCUUCCUACCCCUCCACCAACACGAAAGCUGCCAUGGACGCGUGGCUUAAGUCACAUCAAUCCCAAUUUCGUGGCCAAACAGUGCAGUUUAAAAAACACGUCGCACAAGUGACAGAGAUCAUCAGCUCGAGUGGACUCGCGAAAUCCGAGAUCAUGGACUCAGCUGUGCGCUACGGCCUCAAUUCGAAGCUUGCAGCAGGCCUCAGUGUUACGAACCUGGCGACUUUUAUCGCCGCGUGCCAAUAUGAGGCCUCUUUUAAUGCAGCCAAGAUCAUUCGAUCCCACAAACGCAUGACAGAUGCAGAGAUCUGUGCGUUGAUCAAGUUGCCCUUGGGAGUGCUGCCUUUAGCACACUCCAGCUUCAACUGUGACUGGGAAAGGUGGUUGAAACAGGAGUGGAAUGAUGAUCUCGUCGGCUUUUUUAACGCCGUGCCUAGACGAGACAUCGUGACUGCAGUCAAGCAGCUCACUCAGGUUAUGUGCAUUUGGCAGUAUCUCUUGAGAUUAGUGCAGCAGCGCCACCUGCUACCUCAGCUCCAGCAGGGCCCAGUGUACAUCCUCAUCAUCGGCGACCAGUCACUCCGCCAAAAGCAGGUAGAGCUCGGUCGCCCUCCAAGCAUCGCCGGAGGCGCAAGGGAGAUCGUUCUCGCAGGCCAAGACAUGGCCGACGUGAAGCCGAGGAAGUUCCUCCAGCUGAAGUUCGCCCUGCUGAAGUUCCUCCUGCAGCAGUACCUGCGCAGGCUUCAGAUGCUGUGCCUCCACCGACCGCUGAACGGGAUGAGAAAGCCAUGUUUCAACUUGUGUUGCGAAGCAACAGAGACGAGCUAUCCCGUCAGCUGCAUCAAGCCAUUGGAGACCAUGAUGCCUCCAUACCUGGCCGGUGAUUUCCCACAGCAGUCUGCGGAGCAUGACUGA